AAGUUAGAUUUUCGACUACACUUGGCUACUGUAAGUCUCCAGUGCACCCGCUCUAUGGGCUGCGCAGAGCAGAAGUAGUGCUAAUAAUCCCUGUAUCAUCCAGGUAAUUUUUAUGCGCUGCAGUUGAUCCAUUUUGGCUUCAUGUGACACUGCGCAACUUUCAUAGGAAUGAACAAGGCCCCGCGUUCAAUGCCGCAUCCAAUUCUCUUAAAACAUCCACGGAACAGAUGAAGAGGCGGUGCUUGCCGUUGUAAUGAGUUUCUAUGGUUACAUUGGCGCUCUCGCUCUCUGGACUUAAAAGCUUGAGAAAGUGCACUACAGCAUAACCGCUAUAGCUCUCGUGCCAUUCAAAUGUUUUGUUCAAGAAUUUUCUAUUGUAUCUAAUUAAGUGAAGUUUUAAUGCCUUUAAUAUGCAGAUGCUAAUGCUCUGCUAAUAUGCAGAUGAGCACAUGACGCCAUCUGGUGACUUUUUAGUAACUUUUCAAGCUAUUGUUAGCUACUUUCAUGGGAAAAGAGUUGGCAACACUGGAGGGGAGCAAGGAGAUCUAGGCAGUAGUUAGAUAGAGGGACAUUUACCACAGUUCAUUAAUUUACACAUACUACCCACAUUGUUAUGAUACAAAGCUGGUUGAAAAUGAUCCAAGUAUCCCUUUAAGUAAAAUCUCUGAUUGCUUCUUCUUCUGCUGCUAAUGUGUUUGUCAUAUCAACUUAAAAGUAAAUGUAAGUGUUACGUUCACUGUUUGUUUGUGCUGCUCCCAAAGUGGCCAAAAAAUCAGUUAUUGAAGAUUUAACGCAAAAAACUAAAGUUUACACCUUCAUCAGUUGUUUAAAAUGAUGCACCUGAUAGAGAACUAAAAGAUGUGGUAUCACUAAACAAAGCACGUGUUGUGCUGACACCCCUCAUCCUUAUCUCUCAACAACACAGUGUUAAUAAUUUUAUGAGCAUCUUCUGAUUGCCAACAGUCUUGGGAGUAUAAACAAUCACAGGAAGGUGGAGCAUUAGAGUGGAAAAAAAGGAUGUGCGUAUGUCCUUUAUGGAUCAUCCUAAGACAGUCUCUUAUACAUAAGUGUACAUUCACCAGACCACCCAGUGCAGGCUGUGGUCCACCAGUGGUACAAGUGGCACAGGGUAGACAGGCUGUUUAUAUUUUUCCCAAGUCAAUAUGUCAGGGACAGAAACCGGGACAGAAACCAAGACAGAGGUGUUCACCAUAACUGAGACGGGAGAGCUGGCAGCUGUCGGAGGCGACACAAAUAAGAAGAGGCGCUUCUUUGAGAAGUAUGCGCAGCCCUGCCUGGCUGAGCUGUUUGGGACGAGUCUGUUUGUGUUCGUGGGCUGUGCGUCAGUUAUUGGGAAUGUGGAUGCAAGUGGUGUCAUCCAGCCUGCUGUGGCACAUGGACUGGCUCUGGGAGUGCUGAUCAUGGUGUUGGGGCAAAUUAGUGGGGGGCACUUUAACCCUGCGGUGUCUCUGAGCGUCUACCUGUGCGGAGGGAUGGAGCUUCCCCUGCUGGUGCCUUAUGUCAUGGCUCAGAUGUUAGGAGGGAUGCUCGGUGCUGGUUUGACCAAGGCAAUCUACCCCUCCGCUGUGUAUGCUGCUUCCCUCGGAGGAGCCUUUGAACUCGCCAACAACGAUCUGGCUAAAACCACUCUGGCAGAGAUGACGAUGACCCUGUUCCUCACCACGGUGGUGUGCAUGGGGGCCGUCAACAGCCAAACCCGCUCACCGUGGGCUGGUUUCUGCAUCGGCCUCACCGUCACAGCCAACAUAUUUGCUGGAGGGACGGUGUCUGGGGCCUGUAUGAACCCUGCCCGAGCCUUCGGCCCUGCAGCGGUCGCCAACCACUGGAACCAUCACUGGAUCUACUGGGUUGGACCCAUUUGUGGCGCGCUGCUCACUGUCAGUUUCACCAGGUUGCUGUUCGGUGACCAGAAGACCCGUGUUGUGUUGAAGUGAAAGUGUAAUUUAUUAAAGAGGAAGACAGAGAGGACUUCAAGACUGACUCGAGGACAGCGUUUCCAUUUGUUCGUUCAUGCAUUACUCAAGAAUCAGACUGUAAUAUUUAAAUUUGUCAGCAAAAUGUGUGCAAAGGUAUUUGUCCUUGACCUGGCUGUUAUUGUUGGCACCGACUCAUGACAUGUUUGUAUUUCAAGAUUCAAUAAAGUGUUUGAUGAUGUGA